CCAAUGCGCUGUCUUUUCUUCCUCUCGCUCGCUUCCUUCAAGCAGAGCCGGCCUCCGCCGAGCCGAACAAUGUAAGAGCAUCACCUGAUCGAUCAACAUCGAAGCUGUGUGAUCGGUUUGCGCGACAGAGGAGGUGGCUAUACCUGAGCCUGGGGAGAAGGAGAAAGGUCAGCGCUGGGGCGAGGAAAGAGGUGGGGAGAAGGCGGAGGGGCGGCGGACAGAUGCCUGGCCGCUGGCCGCGGUGCUGAAUGAUCAGCUCAGUGCACGUCUCCACCUCCCGCGGCAGUACACCAGGAAAACGACCUCCCUCCGCGACAUGUCUGGUCGAGGAGAUGGGCAUGGGCGACGACAACGAUCGCAUCGUGAUAAACGUGGGAGGGACUAGGCACGAAACGUACCGGAGCACCCUGAAGACCCUACCCGGCACUCGGCUGGCAUGGCUCACCGAGCCCGGCGCCUUCGCCAAUUUCGACUACGACCCCAAGGCGGGCGAGUUCUUCUUCGACCGCCACCCGGGGGUCUUCGCUCACAUCCUCAACUACUACCGCACGGGGAAACUGCACUGUCCGGCCGACGUGUGCGGACCCCUGUACGAGGAGGAGAUCGCCUUCUGGGGCAUCGACGAGACUGACGUUGAGCCUUGCUGCUGGAUGACUUACCGGCAACACCGAGACGCCGAGGAGGCUCUGGACAGCUUCGAGUCUCCCGAUCUCAACAGCGGCGAUGGCGACGGCGGCGGCGGAGGAGACGGGGUGGGGGACUCGGAGGACGAGCUGGACACGAAGCGCCUCGCCCUCGGAGACUGUUCCCCUGAAGCGGGAGCGAAAGCCUGUUGGUGGAGGAAAUGGCAACGCCGCAUCUGGGCUCUCUUUGAAGACCCCUAUUCAUCUAAAUAUGCACGGUACUGUGCUUUUGCCUCGCUUUUCUUCAUCUUGGUGUCAAUCAGCACCUUCUGCCUCGAGACUCAUGAGGCAUUUAACCCCAUCGUUAAUAGAACGGAGAUUGUAAGGAAUGGAAAUGAAACCCGGAUGGAAACUAUUCAGGAAACAGAAACAGAAGCCUUCUUAAUGUACAUCGAAGGAGUCUGUGUGGUAUGGUUUACCUUUGAAUUUCUCAUGAGGAUCACUUUCUGUCCCAACAAAGUGGAGUUUAUCAAGAACACUCUCAAUAUCAUAGACUUUGUGGCUAUUCUGCCCUUCUAUCUGGAGGUAGGACUCAGUGCUUUGUCUUCCAAAGCUGCUAAGGAUGUUCUGGGCUUCCUGAGAGUGGUUCGCUUUGUUCGAAUCCUGCGAAUCUUCAAGCUGACCCGUCAUUUUGUAGGACUGAGAGUUUUAGGACAUACUUUGCGUGCAAGCACCAAUGAAUUCCUGCUGCUCAUCAUCUUCUUGGCACUUGGCGUCCUGAUAUUUGCCACCAUGAUCUACUAUGCUGAGAGGAUAGGUGCUAGCCCCCAUGACCUGAGAGCUGAUAACCACACACAAUUCAAAAAUAUUCCAAUUGGAUUUUGGUGGGCCGUAGUAACCAUGACUACACUUGGCUAUGGAGACAUGUAUCCUCAGACAUGGUCGGGCAUGUUGGUAGGAGCCCUCUGUGCUCUUUCGGGCGUGCUGACCAUUGCUAUGCCAGUCCCUGUCAUUGUCAAUAAUUUUGGAAUGUAUUACUCCUUAGCGAUGGCCAAACAAAAAUUACCAAAGAAGAAAAAGAAGCAUAUACCGAGACCGCCCCAGCUGGGAUCCCCCAAUUAUUGUAAAUCUGGUGUAAACUCUCCACAUCACAGUACACAGAGUGACACAUGCCCACUCGCUCAGGAAGAGAUUUUAGAAAUAAACAGAGCAGAUUUUAAACAGAACGGUGAUGCAGCAAAUGCAGCAUUGGCAAACGAAGAUUGUCCUCAUAUUGACCAGGCAAUGACGCCUGAAGAUCACCUCCCCUUCACUCGUUCUAACACCAGGGAGAGGAAUGCCAGAGACGGGCCCUGCUUCCUCUUAUCAACCGGGGAAUUUGCAUGUCCACCCGAUGGAGGAAUAAGAAAGGGUUUUGAAAACUCAAGGAGCCUAAGCAACAGAGCUGGCAUGAGCAGAAAUAUACUAAAAUUGCCUUCAGUGUCUUCUUCACUCUACAGCACUCCUUGUCCAUUGAGGCUUUCUCCGUCUCCCAUACCAUCCAUUUUAUAGCAUGGAUUAGUAGCUGAGAAUGGUCCAAAGCUUUAGUCCUACAGCCUAUACUGUCUUGCAUAAAACCAGGUAAUAAGUCUGAAGAUUGCAUGUCUCUAGGUAGCACCUUGCUGCUGGUGAUUCUACUGUUGACAUUAGGUGGGACAAUCCUCGUUGAUUUCUAGAUGGGAUCGCACAGGCACAUGAUGGCACCAGUGGUCUGUAUGCUCCAUGUGCUUGGUGCAUAGAUGGAAAUAAUGCAGCUACAUGCAGUUUCAAAUAAUUGAUGAUCCAGCCCAUUGCUUUGGGUGUGAAUUUGUCCAUUUGUGUAAACACUGGCUCUUUGAAAAUGGGUAAUAUUUAUAUUUAUUAGUGCACCUGGUCAACGAGUGAAGAUUUCUUUCUCAGGACCUUUUGAGCCAUAUAACCCUGAGGGAGUUCACACAAAACAAGCAGUUUGAGAUGCCAUUGCAUGGAAGCCAAACCAGUUGUAAGCAAUACUCUGUAGAGGUCCCAGUUAAUCUGGGUGCAUGUGAAGGUCUUUACAAGAAGGACACUGCCCCCGCUGCAUGUAGCUAUUUUUUUUUAAAUAGAAACAAAAUGCCACAUUUAUGUUGAAAAGCAGGGGAAAGAAGGUCAAGUAUUCACUGUAUUCUUUGCAUGCAGAUUUCUGCAAAGGCAGCCCUGUCAUUGCUAAGUAUAUGCAAGCAGGGGCAGUCAGAGUAACUUAAUGAGCUGGGACAGAAUUGGACGCUCUGUGGGCAAUUAUCUGCCCAUUGGGAACAUUUCAAGAGAAGAAGACCCACCUCUUUAGGACAAGCAAAACUACUUCAAGCCAAACAGGCUUCUAAGGACCAUUGUACGUAACAGAUUUGACCCAGAAUUGUCGGCUUUCUAAAGCCCAAAUGUUUCUAAGAAAAAAGGUAGAUUUAUAUUUGUUUGCUAGCAUGAAUUGCAUGUUAUAGGAAAUGUAAUUCUAUGAGUAAUCUUUAAAUCAGAAGCUAUAUUUCCUUCCAAACUAAUUUACUUUUACAAAACUUUGAUGUAAUCAUACAGUAAUGUCAGAAUUAACUAUAUUUAUUUGCAACGGAUAGCUUUUUUUUGUAAUAUUCAUGAAACAGUGCAAGAUUAGAGAAAACUGUAUGUAGAUGGCGAUUGGUCAUAUUGACCACUCAUCCAUGCUUCAGAUCUUCAUCUGAAACAAGCCGUUAAAACCAUGUAUUCAGAAAGCAUUUCUGACCCUGUAUCUGAUUAGGUUGGCAUGCUAGUAAUCUUGUAUUUUCUGGACAUCAUGUGUAUCUAUAAAUAUUAACUCUUCAUCCAGAUGGUCUUAGCCUCUUUGCAUUUAAAAGUGUAUAUUUCAGACUUGCAGACUCUAAAUUAGGAAGCGUGCAUUCCAUUGAACAGUACCAAUUUAUCGGCACCAUUUUCCAUGGCAGGACUAUCAGUCCAAGUCAGCGAAUAUCUUUACUCAAAUUUGGUCUCCUAAAGUUGGAAUCAAUACUUCGGCACUGUAUGCAAUUUAGUUCUGAAUACGUGCAUGCACAAUAUAAUAUGCAAAAAAAGUUCUAGCAUGAAAUAAAUUUUGUAUUAAAUCAGUCUUUGUCUGCAUGGUUUGAUUUAUUUUUGUUUUCAAUAAUUUGAGUCCUGCAUUGAUGAAUUCCCCGUGGUCUCCAAGGACAAAUCAGGAGGGUCAGACUGGAAAUAUUUGGUGCAUGGCUCAUUUUUGGACCAUCAAUGAGCAGGAACAGAGAGGUGGUGCUCUAUGGCAGGUUGAGAAAGCUGUUACUUAUCACCAAUGGUUAUAGUGCAGUCUUAACAUCUAUCUAUAAUUUAAAAAUGUGUUUAAUUAUAGAUGUUAGUAUUCAUAAGGUAAUGUAGCUGUCACAAAGUGCAGAAUCUUUCUUGGAGGAAUGAUUGCUGCCACACAUUUUCUGCUAAUGAUAUCCGUCUUACUUCGUGCUUGAUAAGGUUAGAUGGUUGAUAAAAUUGCCUGCAUUCAGAUCCAUCCCUGAAAGAGGAGAGGUGGGAUCCAAUAUUUAAUGAGAAACUGAGUGAAGGAUCUUCUUCUUGUUAUUUAACCCAACAUGGGAGACAAACCAAACAUACGGAGGGUCACUUUAAUAUGUUACCCUGCAGGGAAAAGGUAGGUUGGGUCAGAGGUUGUAUAGUUCACUCCUAUUUUAAACAUCAUUAGACAUCAAAGCUCCCAUCUUAAACAUAAUCAGGGGAUUUGCAUGCAUGCUUUCCCUAUUGGGGAUUUUCUACACUUAAACAAGAAGCAGAGAAUACAGAACUUGCCCUCUCAGAUGAAUUAGCUUUUGUGCUUAAUAGCUUUGGGAUGAUGUGUUCAGUAGAGGAGAUGGCAGGCUGUCUAUUUGAUAGGCCAGCUGCCUAUCUGAAACAAGUGUCUGGAGGGAACCAGUCUGCUUGCUUUAGGUUGAAGAAGAUUAUGCAGCCUGGAGACCAGCAGUUCAGCACACAGGUAAGUCAUAAGAGGAACCAUUUUGGUUUGUGCUGGACAGAGGAAGUUGAAGUCACUUCCUUUCUUUCACAUAUGAGGCAUAGGUUCAAAUGCACACUCAGAUUAUUUGAGAAACUGUCUGUAAGAGUCUUUGUAUCCUACAGUAAGUAUUUUGUUUUAGACCAUUUAAAUCUUGCAUAUUCAAUAUUUUGCAGACUUCCACAAUGACAGGUUUCAUGCAAUAUGAGGGGUGUUAGGCACUGGUUACUUACUUUAGGUACUGUCUUUGAUAGCUCAACCAGGGUCACACUCCCCCUGUCCUGUCCUGAAGGUGCAACUCUUGUUGGGGAAGCAGAUCUUUGUAGAUAAUGAACAGUUUUGAAUAUUAUGCGGUGUCCUUCAUCAUGUGUGAGGCUAAUGCAUGGAAAGCCAUGAGUUAAUUGCUAGUCAUUCUCAUCCUCAGCAAAUAUCACACAAUUUCUCCAUAAGAGGUCACUUAAUCCUGGUUGAGUUUUUUUUCCUUCACUGGUGCAGGGAUAUGAAAAUCAACUUCACUCGGUCACUGUUGAAACCAGCUACUGAGCACAAAACAUUGAAUCUAGGAAAAAGUUAGUUGUGGUAAGAGAAAGAGAGUUAAUGUUUCAGAUCGAAGGCCUAACAUAAAAAUUCCGUUUCACUCUCCACAGAUGCUGCCUGACCUGUUGGAUAUUUUUAACAUUUUCUGUUUUUAUUUCUGGUUGCCAGGAACUGCAUUUUUGGUUUUUUUUGCUUUUCCAUGGAACCUAGGACAGGUAUUGUUGUUUGUCCUGGUAGUAGUUACUCAUAUUUGAAAAUUGGAGGAUAUCUAGAGAGCUGUAAGUGGAAACUUACAGUUGAUGUAGACAAGUGAUGGAAUCUGGCAGGAUCUGACUGUAAAGUGGGGAGAAUAGGUUGGAGAUAACAUCAGUGAGAUGAUGAAAUGACUCUGUGAGCCAGAAUACAUUCAAUGAGUUGAAAUGUUUUCCAUCUAUGAUGUAAGGAAAUAUGGAAUAAUGUAAAAUUGUUGUUUUGCCAAAAAUAUAUAUGUAACUAGAAAUAAAUGUAGGAGCUCCUCAGUUAUGAGACUUGUUGAAUUAUUAUUUUACUUUUUUACUGCUCUGAACUUUUAUGAGUUAAAACACAUUCAAAUAUAUUAUGCAACAAUAAAGAUUGGAUUUGGUAUAAAAAUGUCUUGCAAUUGUGGGUUUGAUGACAAAUGUGUUAAAUAGAUCCUGGUCUCACUAUUAACAGGAUCUCACUGUAACUUGUUUUCAACUACUGAAAGAUAAAUUCAAUAAAGAUAUUGUG